AUGCUUCAAAACAAAUCAAAAAGAAAAGGGGGAGCAGAAAAGAACAGAGAUAAAAAACGAAAAGAGUUAUUAGAAGAGAGCAAAACAUGUUUAAAAUUGGAUAGUAUGUUUAAGAACGUCGAAAAAAGGGAUAAUGUAGUUUUAGUAAAUCAAUCCUUGGAUACUGAAAAAGAGGAUAAUGCAAUUUUACCAAUUCAAUCUUCGGUUACUGAAAUUAACAGUUAUAAAUCUCGACCUGACGGUGAACUAAAAUUAAAAAAAUUAUUUUGCACGAUUUGUAUUGCUUAUGGCAAAAAAGGAGAGCAAAAUACUUUUGUUGAGGGUUCUUCUGAUUGGCAACAUAUUUAUUUGAGAAUUGGAGAGCACGAAAACUCCGCUCACCAUAGAGAUUGUGUCAAUAGUCAUUUUAUGACAAAAGAAGGUAAAGACAUUAAGAAAAUGAUUAUUUACGGUUGCACAGAUAUCAGAGGGCAACAAAUAGAGAGACGUAGAAAUAUUGUUGAAAGAAUUGUUGAUAUUGUAAAACUCAUUGGAAAAUGUGGUUUGGCAUAUAGAGGAAAAAGAAACGAGGCAGCAUACACAUUAAAUAAUCCAAACAUCGAUCAUGGUAACUUUUUAGAGAUAAUUUUAUUUUUAAGUAAAUAUGACUCUCUUUUAAAAUCAUACCUUCAUGAAAUAAUCGUUAAGAGUGAAAAGAUCAAAGACAAAGGCAGUAAACAAGGUGGUGGAUUAAUAACAUUUUUAUCCAAAAAUACUUUUAACAACAUCUUAGAAGUAUGUUCCGAUCUUAUAACUAAAACAAUUGUGUCAGAAAUAAAAAAAGCAAGAAUGUAUUCUAUACAAAUAGACACGACGCAGGAUGUCAGUGUGUCAGAUCAGUGUUCUAUAAUCAUAAGAUACGUAAAUGAUAAAGUGUAUGAACGUAUUAUAGGAUUUAAAAAAUGCACAACAACAACUGGUCAAGCAUUUGCUGAUUUAGUGGUUCAAACAUUGCAAUCAAAAGGUAUUUCACUAAAUAAUUGUAUUGGGAAUUCAACCGAUGGGGCCAGCAAUAUGCAAGGACAAUACUCAGGAUUCGCUAAAAAGAUGGAAGAUUUAGCUCCUAAUCAAGUGCAUGUAUGGUGUGUGGGACACAUUCUAAAUUUAGUAUUACAAGAUGUCACUAGUAGCGGACUUCAUGCUGCAAACUUAUUUGAACUACUCAAUAGCACAGCUAGUUUCAUCCGACGAUCACAUGUACGUAUGGAUCGUUGGAAUGAUAUAGUUACUAAAAUGAAACUCAAUUUAAUUGGAGAAACGAGAUGGUGGGCGAAGGAAGUAGCACUCAAAAAAAUUUUUGGACUAUUCGGCACUAACAAUUUUAAUGGCAUACUAUUUAAAAACCUUAUCAAAGUAAUGAAAACAAUUAAAGAUUCGGUACAAAAUGACUCGGAAUCUAGAGCUAAAGCAUCAGGAUUCAUAGAAAAUUUCAUAAAAUAUGAGACAAUUUUAACAGCAAUGGUGUUUCUCAAAAUAUUUAGUAUUACAGGACCUUUAUCUAAAUAUCUCCAGGGUAAGAACUGUGACAUAUUACAAGCAUAUAAUAUGAUUAAAAAAUCUGAAGUUCAAUUACAGCAAGUAGAAUUUUCUGAAAUUCAUGAAAAAACCAAUAUAUUCAUAGAACAUAUGAAUGACGAACUUGAUGAAAUUGAUAUUGUUAUUGAAAGUGAAUUUCCAAAUAAAAGACGUAGAGUUCCCAAAAAAAUGUUUAAUUAUGAGGCUGAUGAUUCUUUCAAAAACAUUUCAGCGAUUGAUGAAUAUAGAAUAGGCACUUUUCAAACUAUUAUAGACACAAUUAACAAUAAAAUAAAAGUUAGGUAUGGAAGUUUAUCUCGAGAAAUUUGUGCAGAUAUUUCUUGUUUAGAUCCAAAAAACUUUGAUGAUAUAAAAAAUGAGGGGCUUCCAGAAAAUGCAAUGAAAAAAAUUAGUGAAAAAUUGAAUUUUAUAAAUCCAAAUGUAACACAAGCUUCACUAAAAGAAGAGUUUCUUGAUUUUAUAAACAAAUUUGACUCUUUAAAACAAAAUAUAAGUUUUAGUUAUGUAAAUGAGAAUGAAGAUAUAGAUGACUUAGAUGACUUUAAUUUAGACGAAAAAGAAUAUUCAAUAAGUGAAAAUGCCUCCUAUUCUUCAUUAUUCUUAGCUUAUAAGUAUAUACUAACUUUGUCUAUAUCACAAGUUUCUUGCGAACGAUCAUUUUCUAAGCUCAAAUACAUCAAAAACAGGUUGCGUAGUACACUAUCAUCUUCACACCUGGAACAACUUAUGAUUAUAUCCACAGAAAAAGAUAUAUUAAACCAACUCGAAAAUAACACAAUUAUUGACAAAUUUGCAUCUCAAAAUAAACUACUCAAGACAUUAUUAAUCUUAUAA